GAGGUAAAAAGCUCUUGGAGAAGCUCGAACGAACCGCGGAAUACGAAUGAAAAUUACGAAACUGGCAAGGCCGAGAAAAACGGAAAGAUAAUCACUUAUUUUUUUCUCGUAAACUUCCAUCGAUUUUCGCAACCUGUUGAGAUAAAAUUAUUAUACAUGUGUCGGAUGAUAUUAUAUACAUACAUAUUGGUAAAUUUGUAACUACUUUUAACGCGUCGGUUGUGAACAUUAAUUAAAUAAUUUAUUCUGUGUUGGGUGUCAGUGCGGCGUGCGUUAUUAGUCUAUCUGUUUUUAUAAAAAAAAAAAAUAUAUGUUUAUUUCUCCUUGAAUAAAAACUUGACGAAUUUAACGAUGAAUGCUUAUAUGUAGAUACUCGGAAAGCCGGAUAGAGAUCCAAUUUUUACGAUACACCCUAUCACCUCAGAGUGCAGACAUAUUUAUAUUUCAUCGCAGAAGAAUCAGCUGCUGUCAGCUCGAGGCGAGUCUGAUUAAAUAUCGAACCGAGUUUGUGAAGCUGCGUCGGUUCGUCAGACAAUAAAAGAAAGAAUAAUAAUAAAGGAAAGUAAUACUAUCCUUUCAGCGCGUCAGUGAGUUGUAACAAAUGAAACCUGACUCAAAACAAUACCGAAGACAUUGAAGAAUAAAAAGGAAAUGAAUCAGUUGAUAAAAAUAACCAAAAGUUCGAUAGGAUCAUCGUCGUGCGGUAUUAAUUGCAAAUGGUAAUGUUUCACGGGGGUGGAUUAGCACGUCCGGAAGUGUGUGCGUGAUCGUGUACUGUUUAUUCGGCUUCUGCGAUCGUCGUGAAGCGCGGGAAAAUAUGGCCGAGAUUACUACCGAAGCCAGCAGGCAUUCUUCACAGGAUAAUCUUGACGAUGAUAACAUUGGCCAGGAUCCCACAGUCGCAGAGGAAAUGUCCGAAAAUUCCCAGGACCAGACGCAGCUUCUCGUCCCGGACAAAAAAACAGAAUCGAGCCUCGGUACUAUUUCGGAUUCAACGUUCAACAGUCAAAGGGUGUUCAAGAAAUCGUCGUCGAACAACAAGCUCACCCUGUAUUUGGCGAGCAGAGAUCUCGUAGUGAGUGCCGGAAAGAUUGACCGUCUUCAGGGCGUGCUUCUCGUCGAUCCUGACUACUUGCAGGACAAAAAGGUCUACGGUCAGGUGACUCUGACUUUUCGAUACGGUAGGGAAGACGAGGAGGUGAUGGGGCUCAAGUUUUGCAACGAAGCCGUCAUGUGUUUGGCUCAACUAUACCCUCCGUAUCCGGGGGCAGAGCAUCAGGAGACAAACACCCCGCUUCAGGAGACGCUGAUAAAGAGGCUCGGAGCGAAUGCGCACGCAUUCACAAUGGAAAUUACGCCGCUGGCGCCACCGUCGGUGCAAUUAGUACCGGCAAAGGAGUACAACGGCGCGCCGAUCGGUACGAGUUAUGACGUAAGAGCGUACGUAGCGGAAAAGGCUGACGAGAAAUUACAUCGAAGAACGAUGGUCAGAAUGGGUAUAAGGGUUGUUCAGAGGAGCAGUCCGCCCCCCCUUCCUCUCAAGACACCGCACAGCAUCCCAACGGCAACUGGACCAUCCCUAAGCGCCUUUCUAAAACCGCAGCGAACGAAACCCGCCGAAUUGGCCAACGAUAUCAUCGAGCAGGACGAACUGACUCCACCACACGCGGCGGUGGAAAAGCCAUUUUUAUUGAGCGACGGUAGAGUGGGAUUAGAAGCGAGACUGGACCGAGCGAUAUACUCUCACGGAGACUCGAUCUUCGUCCACGUUAACGUUAACAACAACAGCAGCAAAUCCGUGAGGAGGAUCAAGGUAUUCGUGGUCCAGCACGUCGACGUCUGCAUGUUCAGCAAUGGAAAAUUCAAAAACGUCGUCGCGUUAGUCUCGUCGCAGGACGGAUGCCCCGUCGGUCCUGGAUCGUCUUUGACCACGAGUUACUCCCUGAAACCGAUAAAGGGAUCGACGAAAAAUUGGAUCGCGUUAGAAGACAGCUACACGAAAGCUGGUGCAACUCUUGCGUCGACCGUUGUUAGCAGUGGAAACAGUCCGGAGGACAGAAACGUUUUCGCAAUUUACGUGUCUUAUUACGUGAAGGUAAAGCUCCUGGUGUCAGGAAUGGGUGGAGAAGUGUCGUUGAAGCUGCCGUUCAGCCUGAUGCACAACGACGCGGAUCCCGACUUCCUGACGGGCCUUCCGUCGCCGUUGAGAGAGCCGUCGAAGCCGUUGGAUUCGUCGAAGACGCGGGACGCGAACUUCCUCGAAUCGGAAACGAAGCAGCAGCUACCGAAGUCGGAAAGCUCGCGAGAGGAGUGCGAUAAGGGUCAGGAGACAAGGUCGACGAACGUCAGCCCGAAGAGGAAGGAGAACAUGGAGGACGUUGACCUUAUAGAAAGGUGCGAUGAGGACGGGGGGACCUGAGACGAGGUUGGGGUGCGCGACAAAGAAGGGGUGCCCCGUCAAACGAGCAAAACUAGCUACUCAAAGAGCGUAAAAAACUCCAACAACAAGAGCUGCAAGGAGGGUUUCAGCAUCCACAGAGCGUGGUGCUGCUUCAGACGAGCUUCCUAGUUACCGGGAGAAAAUUGUCGAGUUAUUGGAAAGAGGACUUCACUGAUAAAUCAACUUCAACGUCUGAGUCAAAGGUUCGGAGGAGAGGAAAAGAAGAUUCGACAAAUCUCCAGCCAACUUAUUGGCGUCUGAAAAGCAUCCCUGCUAUGUGUCAAAAACAAAUCUGAUCGAAUUUCAAACAUGCAAGUUGAGACAUGAACAAUUGGAGAAAGGGUUUUAUAAUCCGAACCUUCAAAAUGGUUCAACGACCGUGUUUUUGGAACGAUUUUAAUGGUUUUGGGCUUAUUUCGAUCACCGUAGAGAUUUGCAGAGACGAAAUCUUACCGAUAGUUACAUCAUUCCUAGUUACCGAGAGAAAAUUGUCAAGGAAUUGGAAACAGAACUUGUCUGUUCGUGUAACUGAUUCAGGAUAAAUGAGCUCCAAUGUCUGAGUCGAAGUUUUGGAGGAGAAAUAGAAGGUUCGACAAAUCUCCAACUAGUUUAUUGGCGUUGAUGAUGGUGAACACGAACACGUCAGAAACAAAUCUGAUAGAAUUUCAAACAUGCAAGUUGGGACAUGAACAAUUGGGAAAAGGGUUUUAUAAUCCGAACCUUCAAAAUGGUUCAACGACCGUGUUUUUGGAAAGAUUUUAAUGGUUUUUGGUUUACUUUGAUCAACAUAGAGAUCUCCAGAAACGAAUUUUUGCCGAUAGUUAUAUCAUGAAUUUGCACUUUAUAACUAUUGGUACCAUAACGUAAGGUUUCUUGAAUGUUUCAAGACGAUUCGUGGUGAACCAAUCAGCGACUAGAACGAGCCGAAAAACAUUAAAACCUGAUGAAAAACACCAGUUUAAUUAUUGUUAACGUCCCGAUUUUAAACCCAUUUUCAAAUUGUUGAUAUCUUAGUUAAUUCCGUUAUUGAAAAUUUUCUCAUGUUCAUUUCUGUUACACGGUCGGCUGAAAUAACGCGGCUCGACAUUUUUUGAGCUGUUUUUCUCUCUUUUCCCAACUUUUAAUUCAGACGGUGAAGUCAAUUCGUCCUUAACUAAUCCCACAAUAUUUGUCUACGUAUUACAAAUCGAAGAGAACAAAAAAAAAAACAUCUAUCACACUCAGAAUCAGCGUUUCGAAUUUUGAAAAAAGUUGCGAACUUGGCAAGCUUUGAGCUUCGGUUACCUACGUUUAUCAAAAAAAAUUGACGAACCGAGGUGAAAAUAUAAAUAAUCACUUAGCGUCAAAGAACGAGGAAUGAUUGAACCCGGGAACUCGAUAUAAAAAAUUGAGAUCAUGGAAAUUUUUCCAACUUACUCGAAUUAUUCUAACAUGUAAGUGAUCAUAAAUAUUUUACAACGUUCAUUUAAUCAAUUACAAUGUAUAUCGUACGAUUUUCGCAAAAUGUUAUGUACUAUAUGUAUAACCGACGAGUAAAACCGAUAUAGAUUUUGAUAUGGACAUGCGAAUUAUAGA